GCUCCUCCCUUGGGGAAGGGAAACGCGGCCACAGCCGUAGCAGCGCCCGGGCGGCUCACCUAUCUCCAGGUUUCCCCCCUUGCGCCCGGGCGCUGAAGACGGGCCAUGUUCAACCGCGGAUCGCGGCGCCGACGAUCGACCCGAGCCCUGCCUGAACUGGAGGACCCUGACCGGGGCCAACCGUGUCAGGCGUGUGGGGAGCAGUGCCCAGGCUUCCUAGUGCAUGGAUGGAGGAAGAUCUGCCAGCAUUGCAAGUGUCCCCGGGAAGAGCAUGCGGUACGCAUGGCCCCUGUCGACUUGGAAAGGAUGAUGUGCCGCCUCAUUUCUGACUUCCAGCGUCACUCCAUCUCAGAUGAUGAUUCUGGCUGUGCUUCCGAGGAAUACGCCUGGAUACCUCCAGGGCUCAAGCCUGAACAGGUCUAUCAGUUCUUCAGCUGCCUCCCAGAAGACAAAGUCCCUUAUGUCAACAGCCCUGGAGAACGGUACCGCAUUCGUCAGCUGCUGCACCAGCUUCCACCUCAUGACAGUGAGGCUCAGUACUGCAGCUCCCUGGAAGAGGAGGAAGCCAAGGAGCUGAAAUUAUUCUCACAGCAGCGUAAGCGAGAGAAUCUUGGCCGAGGAACGGUCCGACUCUUUCCUGUCACCAUAACCGGAGCCAUCUGUGAACAGUGUGGAAAACAGAUUUGUGGAGGGGACAUUGCUGUCUUUGCCAGUCGAGCUGGGCAUGGUGCCUGCUGGCACCCCCAGUGCUUUGUCUGUACCACCUGUCGGGAGCUUCUCGUUGACCUGAUCUACUUCUACCAGGAGGGCAAAAUCUACUGUGGGCGUCACCAUGCUGAGCGCCUUAAGCCACGAUGUGAAGCUUGUGAUGAGAUCAUCUUUGCAGAUGAGUGCACAGAAGCUGAAGGCCGUCACUGGCACAUGCGCCAUUUCUGCUGCUUUGAGUGUGAGGAGGCCCUAGGUGGGCAACGAUACAUCAUGCGUCAACGUCGCCCCUAUUGCUGCCGUUGUUAUGAGAGCCUCUAUGCAGAAUAUUGCGAUGCUUGCGGGGAGCACAUUGGUAUUGACCAGGGUCAGAUGACCUACGAAGGCCAGCACUGGCACGCCACCGAUGCCUGUUUCAGCUGCUCCCGCUGCCAGCAACCCCUGCUGGGGAAGCCUUUCCUGCCCAAACAGGGCCAGAUCUUCUGCUCCCGGGCCUGCAGCCUCGGCGAAGACCCCAACGGCUCGGAUUCCUGUGACUCUGCCUUGCAAAGCACCCGUCCUCAGGAUGUUCGGAGGACCAGCUGGCAGCAGCGCCGAGUUCAGUCCCAGGGCACGUCACCCUCCUCCAUCACCCGCUCCGUUUCCUUUGCGGGGCAGACGGUACCGUCAGACUCCGCCCCAAGGAUCCGAAGGAGCUGGAGCGGGGCGCCUGGGGAUGAGGACGAGGAGGUGCCCACAGAAAUGGAAGAGCUCUCUGAUCCAGACAGCAAUGGUUCCGGCUACAGCCAGAGUUGUGAGGAGCCAGUGGAACGGGCUUCCCGGGGAACGUCCACUUGCCUGCCUCCAGCCACUGACGAGGAGGAACCAGGAACAGGGACCGAGAUCCAGCCACGUUUCCAGCGUACCUCCCCCUUGCGCCACUCAAUGCCGGAGCUGGGGAUGCCCUCUUCCAAAACCUCCGACUGGAGCAGCAAUUCCACUUCCAAAAUUCAAGCCUCUGCCCGGCCACGGCUCAGCGAGGGCAGGGAGCCCGGGACUUUUGCUCGGGGAGGAAUACCCCGGGUUAGCUUCCGGGAACCUUUAAUCUCGGGAGAGCCCAGCACCCCUGAGCAAGCCUCCUUGGAGACCCCGAUGGUGCAGAAGGGGGGAGCCAUCCGGGGACACCCUCGCUCCACUUCCGAUAACUCGCUCAACCUGGGGAGCCAAGACUGGAGGCCGAGGAAGGGUAGGGGGGAACGGAGGGGAGCCAACCUCUCCUAUUCAGCUUCAGAGAGUGCUUUUCCUGCCUGGCACCGGCGCUACCCACCCCGGGGAUGGGACUUCAGCUCUUCUGAGUCUUCCGAUUCGUCCUCGGAGGAAGAAGGCUACUUCCUAGGGGAGCCUAUACCGCUGCCGCCCCAUUUGCGUGCUAGAGCCAGUUCCCCAGAGGUCACGCCGCCCAGUGAAUCGGCUCGCAAACGGCAGCGCCGAAGACUGCGGGUCGUCCGGGACAAGAACUGUGUGGUGGCCUGAGCUGUCCCGGCUUUGCUAUUGCCGUCCAGCCAUAGUCGUCGGGCUUUGGGGCUUGUCUGAAUGGUGAAAUGUUGAUCUUUCUCUCUGGGGGCCUCUGCAGCCGUAGGCCGUUGUUUCUUCCUCCUUGACCCGUGCCUAUUAACCAAGGAUUCUCCUCGGAAAGUGACCUCUGUCAUCAUGACCGCUGUUUCUGUUGAAACCUUUCCUCAGGGAGAUUUGAGUUGUUGUUUCCCCCCCUCCCACGCUGACCUCUGAUCUUUAGACGUGACCCCUGUGUGAAGAAUCUGGAAGUGUGUCUCUCUCUGUCUCUCUCUCUCUCUGUGUCUCUGUCUCUCUCUCUGUGGUGCUCUUUGAACUGUGGUAGUUUAUUUUCCAUGGUGGCCUUUUGACCUCUCAACUGUGACCUCCUGAACACAGCUUUAACUUUGUCCUCUGGAAAGUUCAAGUCCUGUAUAAACCUCUUCCCCCGUUCCCCACCCCGCCCCCGCCCGUCCCCCGAGAGGGAGCUUCGAGCAGCAGCAAUUUCUCCGGGAACUCUUGCACUUCUGUUUUGACCUUCUAACUGUGACCUUUGAAUAUUUGCACCAUUCCUGGGUGGUCCUUUUGGCCCUUGAUCCUUCGAGUUGCUAUUACUAAUAUAAGUCUCUAGCAAGGUAGCAGUUUCAAGCUUUGGGAUUCUCUUCCUUUGGUAGCAAGGUGUUUGGUGGUGAUGGUGUGUGUGUGUGAUUGUGUGUGUGUGUGUACACUGAGUGAGGCUGAACUGUUCCCCAGCUUUCCACACUAGAGGUGGGAACGUGGGCAGAAGAUGUCUUCUAUGGGGUACGCCCCUCAAUGUAUCUUCCUAAUCAAACUGGACCUACGAUUUCUCCUCCUCCUCACCCACCAAUGUCUAGUCUCUCUGCACUGUGUGCAUUUCUAAAGUUUGCAGUUUUUAAAAAAAUUGAUUUUUUUUUCUAAUUAAGAUUUUUAAUUUAAAUGAAAUUGAAAUAAA